AUGGGCCUGCACAGAGGGGGGCGACUAGCAGCGAUAUUCGAGUUUGAGGGUGGGGCGUGCGCGUACCGUUUGAUCCGCAGUCACGAGCUGGAGGACCCCGUGUUUUCAGGUCUGGCGCCCUCGUCGCGCAACCCUGGCCCAACCCGGGUUUCAAAUUUAAGAUUGCAACCAUUGCCUACUCGGAAAUGCUCCAAAUUACACUCAACUACAGUCGUGGUCAGGUUUCCUAUGUCAAGCAAUGAGGAGUACACUCCUUUAUUAGGCGGAUCUCUAUCAGAGCGGCAGUCUUGCGAUGACGACACCCAUUUAGAAUGGUACAAGAUCCACUUGUAUCUUCAGCAUUUACAAUGGUACAAACGACCUAAUUGGGUCUUUAUAAAUAUCGUGGUGUUUUUGUACACCCUCACAUCAAUUGGAGAACCGACUCGCAAGACGAUCCGGUUCAAGUUAGCAUGUAACUCGUUGAUUGAGGACAAUGGUCAAUGUGACCGAACCAAAGUCCAGCUCUUGGUAUCUAAUUUUGACCAAUACAGCUUAGUAGUAUCACAGUUUUCACUGGUUCUUGCCCUCGCAACUUUGGGAAGUUUAUCGAAUAGGUAUGGUAGAAAGCCGUUUCUAUGCUUGAUCCCGGCAUCCAUAUUUGUUUCACGAUGUCUAUUGCUAGUCUCCAUAGUCAACAACGAGACGUUUGAAAUGUCAACAUUUUUGGUGUGUGACGUGAUAGCCAGCAUUUGUGGAUCACAGUUGGGCAUGCUUGGUAUCGCAAAGUCAUAUGUGACUGAUAUUGUUCACCCGUCGCAAAGGUCUAACUCUUUAGCCUUCAUCAACGGAGCACUUUACGCGGGAGGCACUUUGGGGCCAAUGUUAUCCAACUUACUUUCAAUGUGGUUAGCCCCGGACCCCAUAUCUCAUACUCCCAAUACGUUCCAACAUUUGUCUCAACGAGAAGUAUAUAUACAGAUGGUCGAGAUUGGGCUUUUUCUGGUGAUUGUGGUUUUUGUAGCUGUCAUAGUACCUGAGUCUCGCCUCGAGCACAACGAAGAACUGGAAGAGCCUGGACUCGAUUUAAUCAGUCCAGUGAAGACGCUUUUACGGCCCAUAUUUUCGGGAAACACCGGUUACCAGAUCAGGGUUCUCUUGGUGUCGUUAAUCUGUGUGCACAGUUUGAUGCUCAUGUAUGAAGUGGGUAUUGGAGUGGUAUCUAUUGAUUAUGCAGUUUAUAUGUUCGGAUGGGACGCAAAGAUGGUGGGGGUGUUAUUGAUGGUGUUUGGGUUCACCCGAGUGGUGGUGUUAUACAUCAUAUACCCAUUUCUUUCGAGGCUACUCAACAAAGGCUCUGAACGCCACUUUGAUAGAAGAGACUUUAUAUUGGUGCUUACGGGGUUGGUAUUCAAUGUAUUGUUACACGGAGGCCUUGGUUCCUCUAGGACUUCGGGUGAAUAUUUGGCAAGUAUUGUUGUUGGAAGUGUGAGCUCGAUUGUCGGGCCCACAAUCCAGUCAAUUAUACUCAAAUACUUUACCAAAUCACAGACAUCAGACGUGAUCAUGGCUCUUUCCCUAGUUAACGGUGUUUGCAACAUAAUGGCACCACUCUUCUUUGUCAACAUCUACAAACUUGGCCUCAUUCAUAGGGCUCCGGCAUUGGUGUACUUGGUUAGUGGGUCUAUUGAUGUGGUGGUUGCAGUGGUGUUUGUGGUGGUGCGGUCGUUUCGCAGCCAAUAUGAUGCAGAAAACUAUGCACGUUGAAUGGGUCGGUUUUGGCCAGUCUUCCGCACGGCCAUUUGGAACGUUAUCUACAACAAGUAUACGUAGCCACAAACAGCCACAAACAGCCAUAUCCUCCAUUGCUGUUGUUCUGUCGGCUAUUAAAGGUGGGCGACCGCGAAGCGGAGAUAACUCCGCCUCCACUAAACAGUUCCGGUUACUGACCAUGCAGACAUCCCGGGUCGCCCCUGUUCAAUACUCAACUACAUAAGUAUCAGCACCAUCAGUGCAUAGUCGUUUCCCCCCAACAACUUCCCUUCUUGAAUUUGUUAUAUUUAUUGAGGACCCCAGGGCGGAAAUAACCGGUGCGGAAAUAGGAUAAAAUCGUUUAUCUCCAUACUUCAGAGCCGUACAAAUCUUCACCACAUAUAUUUAAACUCAAGGAGAUCUCUAAUUUAUCAAACAUAAACCAUUCUUGCUUCUAUCCCGUCCACAGACCAUGUCUAGCGAGGAAACCACCUCACUUGUCAAGAAAUUUGUCCCUGGCUACCGUGUCGAAGUACAUGAAACUAGUGGCCAAUAUGAAUCAAUAGAAGAGGAUGCGAAUUCCGCAACCGUGCUGGAAAACCAAUAUGAUAAGGUUCCAACCUGGUUAUUAUGGACCAAGAAACCCACCGUGUUGGGGAUUUCUGUGGUGUAUAUAUUCAUGGGUCUCGGUGGAAUGUCAGUCUCUGCCAGAGAAUUGUUGUUGUUCGAUAAGGCCUGUGAGCAAAACAUGAAGGAUGGAGUUUGCUCCAAUGUUGCUAAUCAGCUUCUUAUAGCCGAUUACCAGCUGGUGGGAUCUAUUUUGAAACAAACGUCCCUGAUUAUUGGCUUAUCGGUGACCGGCGUUGUCAGUGAUCGGUUUGGAAGAAAACCUGUACUUUUCUUGACGUGUAUCAAUUUUCUUUUCAAUCUGUUGCUUUUCCUUGCCCUCAUAAGAUAUGUGGAGGGAUUCAAAUUUAAGACGUUGGUGAUGUUGCAGGUAAUUUUGGGAUUUUUUAGUGAAGGGACGAUGCUUGGGACUUGUAGUGCCUAUAUUGCUGAUAUCACAUCUCCUGCAACCCGACUGCUGAAAGUAUCUUUUCUGUUGGCAACCUUAUCGGCCUCAAUGUUGAUCGGCCAGUUCUGUGGAACCGCGCUUUUAGGGUACGGCAAGUCGAUUGGGUUGAGUCCAACUCAAAACAACUAUAAUGCUAUGUACUUUGAAAUUUUCUCCAUGAUAUUGAUGGUGUUGUACGGGGCAUUUCUCCCUGAAUCCCUACAUAAAACCGAAGAUAGGUCUACAUACAACUACCGGUUUGGUUGGAGAGAUAUCACUGGCCAUACCUAUGAGGUUGUUGAACAGGUGAAGUUGUUGAGGUUGCCAAGCGACUUGAUUCCCGUGACCUUGAAACACAGAUCCAAGGAACUUAGGUUACAGGUAUGUGUGUUGGUUUUGAUAAACUGCUUGUUCAUGUUAAAAAAUUCCUUAGCCAGUUUGCUCUUCCAAUAUGGAAUUUAUCGGUAUGGCUGGGACUCGCAAACGAUCUCAUUUUUUAUGAUGACACUGGCAUUCAUAGGUCUUUCAGUUUUGGGGGUGAUAAUUCCGUUUGUCAAUGAGUAUGUCCUUAAGAGAGGUCUUCGUCUUUCAUUUAAAGAUGGCCAGCUUGAUUCCAUUGAUAAGUUCAACAUUUAUCUAGGCCUCUUUUCUGAGUUUGCCGUGUGUACGUUGUCAGGAUUGUCAACAAAUACAACUGAGUUGAUUGCAUCUUACGCCAUUUGUUGUUAUACGUCUGCAUUGGUUCCUACUGUGUUUUCGACGAUCACCAAGUUUUUCCCUCCAAAUAAGACAAACCAGGUGCUCCUGACAAUGCACAUUGUGUCUGCGUUGUUCAACACGGUUGCUCCAUCAGUUUUCAUGCAGAUAUAUAAGUUUGGAUUGCUCCAUUCCAUAAUUGGGUUGCCAUUCUUUGUACUUGGUGUUACUUGUGUAAUACCUUUUGGUCUCCUCAUUAGUUCUAAACUAAUUCGCACUUAGUUCAUAUAUAUGUUAAUGGGUUCAAUCUACGGUUUUGAUUUUGG